AUGAUCGUCGAUUUGGUAAGUGCUGCUCGGCAGGCGAAUUGGGAGAAUGCUCGAGAUCUUCUAUAUCGACAUUGGGGUUCCGAGUGUCCAAAACUGUAUGCGCCUAAUCCUGACCAUCCGUGGGAGAUAGCUCAAGAUGACAAAGAUAUAAAUAAAGCAUUGUUUGUUCCUUUGGCUGGUGCUUUUUGUGCAGAUUCUUCUGUAACGGAUUCCUCACUUCGUCCAUUAAUCGAGAACUCUGGCCUUCCCACUGAAGGACGAAGACCAGGCCAAAUAUGUGGUCACGUUUUCAAAAGCGGAGAACUUACAUACAGUUGCAAAGAUUGUGCCACUGAUGCUACUUGUGUAAUGUGCCAUGAGUGCUUCCAUUUGUCUGAACAUAAGACACAUAAAUAUAAGAUGCACACCUCAUCCGGUGCAGGAUAUUGUGACUGCGGAGAUGAAGACGCUUGGACAAGUGGAUAUGCAUGCAAAAUUCAUGAGAAAAAUAAAGAAGACAAUAUUCAAUUUUCUCUACCACAAUCGAUGGAAACCCGACUUCGAGGAUUGACAUGCUUGAUACUCCAGUACUCGGCCAAACUAAUAUGCUGGGAGAAAACGGAUGUUCUUCCCUUGAAAUUAUCGAUCCCACCUCCUAUAGAAAAACCCGAAGUCACGAGUGUUGCACCUUAUGUUACUGUUUUGUACAAUGAUGAAACACAUACUUAUGAAACGGUCAUUCGAGCUUUGGAAAUGUUUAUUAACUGCACAAAAGACCAAGCAAUGUUGAUAGCCACGAUAGUCGAUCGCGAAGGUCGUAGUGCAGUGAAAGUUGGAGCAAAACAAGAUUGCGAAAGAGUGAAAUCUGACAUUCAACGCCGCACCUUGCGAGACAUGAACAGAAGAACUGAAAAGGCCGGUCCUCUGGAUGUGAAGGUUCUGGAUGGAGCUUUGGUUGCUCAUCAAAAUCAUGCCAUAGCCCUCCUUGCCUGGCUCAACUCCCAAAUAGAUGCAUUUCCUGUACUUGGAUCGAUUGUUGGUGAUAUCUUACUGAAUACAAAGAUAGAAAAGGAAGAUGAUGAACUUGGUUCUCAAGAUACUAUACUCGUACGACUACUGCGAUUUGACAAGAAAAUGUGGAAAUCUGCACGGGCAAACACACAUCAGAUGCUUAUGAAAACUGUUCUGAUGAACUUCGAACAAAAAGUGGUUUUCUCCAAGACGUUCUUAGCACAUUAUGACGACAUCUAUAAGGAAUUCAUCGACGACGAUCACGAUAUUGACAUAUCUGUUGUUAGUCUGACUGUGCAGUUUUUGACCGUGCCCAGCAUAGCAAGGCGUUUGAUAGCUGAAGAUGACGCAAUGCGGACAAUUUUUACAGCUCUUAUGAAGCAUACCGAUGAUUUUGCAAAAGAUCCCAAAGAUGAGAUGUCGCGGUUCGACUUUGCUAAACAUUCGUUUCCUGUUACUGUUAGAAGAGGGAUGCAUAUGAUGCGAGACCUUGGCUAUAUUUUGACAUGUGUUCCAUCAGUAACUGAUUGGAAUGACCAACUACGAGAACGUUUUUUGGAUGGUUGCCAGUCACUAAUCAAAUUUUUACAUAGAAUGCAGGGAAUGGAUGAGGUAAAACGGCAAUCAGUGGAACAUCAGGUUUGGGAGUUGGAGUGGGAAACGGCAUUCAACAUUCAACUUCGUAUUCAAGACAUUCUUGGAUAUGUGAUUGCUUGGGCUGGGGCUGAUCGUACCAUUCAUCGCAAAUUAUUGCUGCAGUGCCUAGAUGCAUUAAACCUCCACCCUCCGUCAUCUCUGGAAGAAUCAACAGGUGCCACUCAUACUGUCGUAGAUGUAAAUGGCGAGUCAACUGUUGUAAUUCCCUUCGAUGUGCUCCGUGGUGCUGUUUCUAUUCAUCAGCCGUUAUGGCGACUUACCGCUGGUCUUUUCACCGCUAAAGAAGAACUUUUGCGUUUUAUGCUGUUAACGGAUACAUCAGAUUUGUCUUAUGAAGAGGUAUCGAUCCGGCAGCAGAUGAGAAGAAUGGCGAGUACACUGUAUGAAAUGCCAUUGAGGGCGCUUGUACUUUGUGCCCAAGCCUCUGCUCAACUAUGGCGUCGGAAUGGUUUCUCACUCGUGAAUCAAAUUCAUAAUUAUUAUUCACCUCUCUGCCGAGCAGAAAUGUUUGAUCGAGAUUUGCUGAUGAUGCAGGUCGGUGCCGCAAUUCGUCCUCCAGCUGACUUUCUGCUACAUAUUAUUUGCCGCUUCCGACUAGUCCAAUGGGCUGACCAGUCCGGAGAUGGUGGACCCAAACACUCAACACCAUUCGGAAAAAUGGAGCCUGAAGAAACAGGAAAGAUAAUCGUAGUCCUAGCGGAGGAAAUGCUGCACUUGCUAAUUAUGAUUCUCGGUGAAAGAUAUCAUCCAGGCGUUGGAAAGUGUACGUUUGCGGAACAAGUGCAACGCGAAGUUGUGCAUGUCUUGUGCACCGGUCCUCAACCGUUUAGUCAUAUCCAAAAACGUAUGUCCCACGAUCCAAUGGUAGAAAGGAUUUCUUUGCAUGAUAUCCUCAGCAGUGUCGCAAAGUUCAACAAGCCAACAUCAACAUCUGCUGGUCAAUUCCACUUGAAAGACUCGUUACUACCUGAAUACAAUCCAUUUUUCUACCAUUACUCAAAAAGUGAUCUCUCACAAGCUGAGCAAUAUCAACAAAAAGUGCGAUCUAAAUUAGAUCGGAAACUGCAAGCAUGUCCACCUCCAACACCGUGCGACUUCGAGCCUUUCUUUGCCCCUGCCAAAAAUAUUCUCAAAACUCCUUGUCUCAUCAAAAUUCUGAAGCUAGUGCUAGAUAGGACUGGAAAACGAAGUCGAUUCUCAAGCGAUCGUUUGCUUCAUAGAGCUUUGUAUCUCAUUGGUAUGGCACUUCAUGAACAAACCCGUGAUCCACGUGAUUUUCUGUUCACCGAGGUUGCUGAAAAAGAGGAGUUAUUCCGCUCCUUAGAAUCACUUUCAGGAUCAUCGGAAGUUGCCACUCAUGCUGACCUUUUGUGGUGGACGAUCCAGAAGUAUAAGGAAGUACAGCUUCUAUCAAUGACUGGUCAAACAGUGGAAAGACGAAAGGAAAGCACCGAAAACCAAGAAGGAGUGAACGAUGCCAGAGCUAAGAGAGCUGCGCGAGCUGCCAAGAUGCGCGAACAGGCGAUGUUGAAGAUGUCAAAAAUGCAGAAGUCAUUCCUUAAAGUAAUGGAGACAGAAAAUCCUGUUACUGAACAGACGGAUUGUGGCGAGGUCGCAUCCGAACUUCGAGGCGAUGAUGACGAAGAUUUUGUCUGUAAACAACAAGAUCACGGUUUUCCCGUUUGCAUUGGACCACAGAGGAGUAUAGUAGAAGUUGUGUUGCCGCGGAAAGUAACUUGUAUAUUGUGCCAAGAGGAAGAGACUCUAAGCCCAAGCAAUGGAAAAGCAUUUGUUUGUGCGGCUUACGUGCAAAAAUCGUUGCUCUUCUCCCAACGCGGUGAUCCCGAAAGUGAAACCAAGCUGCGAGAUUUGGCGCCAGCUAAUCUUUCGGCUGGGAUCGACGCCUCGACAUGUUCACAUACAAUGCAUUAUGAGUGCUUUCAUAGCUUGUCCGAAACCCUUUUGAGCAGAGAACGUCAACGACCCCGUCAGCAGAUGGUUUUCAAUCAAAAAAUGGUUGAUCCGGAGGUGGGAGAAUAUUUGUGUCCCUUGUGUAAACGUCUUUCAAACACCGCUAUGCCUCUGCUACCAGCUUUGCAGCUAAUGGAUAUCGAUGGUUUUUCAAGCGCUCGUGGCGAAGAAGUGGAGGAUUUUGAUACCUGGGUUAAUAGACUGAAAACUCUUUUGGAUACUCCCCCAGUACGCCAAACUCCUACGCAGAAGCCGAAAUCGCACAGCAGAAAACGGUCCCAUUCUGAACGUUCCCUCUUGGAAUUAGCUAAGCAAGGAGACGAUCUUUCUACAAUGCCUCUGGACAACUCUUUGUCAACUUCUGUCCCAUCUGCUUCAACGAUGUCACUGCUCCUUGGACAAAAACCACCGUCUCGAAUAGCAUCACAGACUGUUUCCAGAACAUCAUGUACAGCCAUGGAUGUUGAUGUGGAAGAAGACUCACAACGUGCAGUAGAUCUAUUUCGUGAAAUGACUGAAAUUAUGCGAGAGCAAGAUCUGGAGACACGUGCGGAAGUUGAGCCAACCUCUCCUCCGCAUGAGAUAGCGUCGUCGUCCGAUCUCACUGCGAACAGGCGAGAAAGGCGUAGCGAUGGUGUUGGGUCACGUUUUGGUUUUUUGGGAGGAAUCAUCAAGGGUUUGCCUGCUGCAGGAGUUGCAGUUUUGCUGAAGUUGCUGAGAAAAAUUGUUGGUCCGUCUUAUGAACGAUACGAGGAAAUGGUCAAGCUAUUCAGCAGCAUGCUUCUUCAUAAGGGGCGAGUUCGAGGAACGGACGACACCAAAUCCCGAGAAGUGCAUGAUGAUGUCCAUAGUCCUCCAGCUGCGUUAGCAGUAUGGAAGAGUGCUGCUCAUGUUGCAAGAACGACCGCAGCUGUCUUAGCGAAUGAGCGGAAGCCACUUUUUUGUGCUAUGAAUACUCGUCAGCGAGAUUGUCUCCUAGCUAUGGCUAGACUCUCAGCUGUUCUCUCAUUCUGCAUUCAACUUCUUCCUGACUUCACUGCGAACAUGUUGCGAGUGUUGCUUGCUCCACCACCCCCAGCAUCAGCAGCUACCAGUGGUCCUGUACCAGUUAGCCCGCGGUCUCCUGAAUAUCAUAACGUGGCAAGCCCUGUUCAUAGCUUCACUAAUGCAAGUCCGUUAUCCUCGUCCGCUGAUUCUCCCGCCAAAUUGUUGUCAUCUACUUUUGCCCAGUUGUUCUCGAGUAAGAAGGAAGUCAACAUAAACUUGCUUCACGUUGAUAUGUUGAGCUUGGCUAUAUCACUGAUGAUGUCAAUUGGGUGGACAUGGCACGAUGGAGUGCAGUCGUUAAAACCAACACGUCAGCUCCGGGAAAUGUUGCCAGAUGGUUCGCAGGAUGAACUUCAUGUUUUGAGGCUUUGCUUGACAGGACUUUACCUACAGGUUUUCGUUACAUUUGAAGACAGCGAAAUGGCGUGUGAACAAGACAACGUGAAAGUUGAUGAGUUUCUUGAGAAGCGUCUAAAGCUUUUGUGGUCAAUAGCAAGACCAACCGAUUUUGGUUUGAUCGAUGUGCCAAGGCUACAAACGACUCUCACUGAAGCAACCCUGUCCUUUCUUCGUCCACUCGCUCUCUUCUACCAUGCGUUGACUUUGAUCAAUCCUCCUGAAGCCCUGAAAGAUCCAUCGGUGGACGAAUUCGAACCAUUGUGCCGAUAUAUGGGACUACCAUGUCAUCUCGUUGAACUACUAGACGGUUUUGCAGUGGAGCAGCUUUUCGAUAUGUGGUCUGCAGCAACACCUCCUGCCCCGCAUUCGAUCGUCCGCCAACCUAUACGUGCUACACAGUUGGUGGAUCUUCCCUACGAUUUCAGCGAAGUCAUCCAUCUCGCCUCCGCAUUCAGAUGUCCUUCUAUACCACUGGAUGAAAAUGCUGCAAACGUUCCAACCAUGUGCCUAGUAUGUGGACAAAUUCUUUGCUCUCAGAGCUAUUGUUGUCAGAAGCAGGUUGGAAAGGAAAGUACCGGUGCUUGUAGAUACCAUAUGAUUCAUUGCUCUGGUCCCAUGGGAAUAUUCCUCAGGAUUCGAGAUUGUGCUAUUGUGUUAAUGACGACUCGAAAUCGUGGAUGUUUCCGUCCAGCGCCGUACGUGGACGAGUUCGGAGAGGCUGACCAAGGAUUCCGACGCGGUAACCCUCUACAUCUUAAUGAAGAGUUGUAUCACAAAUUACGUCAGCUGUGGCUCCAACAAGGUAUUUCCGAAGAAGUUGUCAAUCAGUACGAAAUAGAUCAUCGUAAUAUGCAGUACGAUUGGGGUCACUUUUAA